AUGAUAAAUAUCAAAAGCAUCAUAAGUAUAGCUACACUUGCACUAUUACUGUGCGGGCAGAUUGCAAAAGCUGGAUCAUUUGAAGCUGGUGUAGAAUCCAUGACAGGCCUCCCACAAGGUGGUGUUCUAGGACUGUGCAAUUGUUUCCCAAAUGCAUCAUGCCAGAACAAUAAUCUUGAGAAACUAGCAGCUGCAAUUCGUUCUAUCCGAAAGACCGUGAUGAAAAUGGGAAAUCCUUCGCAAUGCUUAGAACCAGAAAUGCUAAUGAGCAUGGGUGUCAUUCCACCAAACACAGGAACUGAGUGUUUAGAUAUCUUGAUCAAAUCCAUAAAUCCUUUCCAGAUACUUUCAGCUGAAAACACUCCAAAGCUUGCCUCUUCAUACAAUUCAUGUACUGAAUUCCAUAAAUCCCUUCUUGGCAUGCUAAACCUACGCCUUACAGGUGGAUAUGCUGCAAUGAAUGACUACAUGUCUAUGAAAAAUAUGCCAAAUGCAUGCGGAAACAGCUCUUUUAUUGGGUUUGGUAACCCGUCUGGAGAUUUUGGAGCCUGUGGAUGCGGUAGCUCUUUACUAGGUGGCAUGGGCGGUAUGUCACAACCAAGCAUGUGCUCUGGUGGUAUGCCACAACCAAGUAUGUGUUCUGGCGGUCUAGGCGGCAUGGGUGGUAUUCCACAACCAAGUAUGUGCUCCGGUGGCAUGCCUAGUAUGCCACAACCAAGUAUGUGCUCCGGUGGCAUGGGCGGACUAGGAAGUUUGGGUGGACUGGGCGGCAUGGGCAGUCCAUGCCCCUGUGGUAUGGGCGGUAUGCCACAGCAAAAUUCAUGUGCAGGCGGCAUGAGUGGCAUGGGAGAAUUUUCAUCCCUUGGGAUGCCAUCAGGAAUAAUUGAUGUAAUUACACAGUUAAAGGAAAACAGUGUCUGCCCUCCACCUUCUUAUAAAAAAUGCUUAGAAGAAACUGACCCAAAUGCUCCUGGACCAACCAAUGUAAGAAUCGGCAACUGCUGUGGUCCUGAUCUAAAUGCAAUGAUGAUAAGGUCAAUCCAACAGCAGCAAGAGCAAAUGUUUGAAAGACCAAAAGAAUGCCCCUUAAGCCCACCUAUAAUGAUGGGAAUGAUAGGAGCAACUCAAAUAGGAAAUGCCUACCAAAGAAGCCUAAAAGACUGCCAGAAGGCUAUAUCAAACACGCUACCAACAACACAAGUCACAAUGGGAUGCCCUUGCGAGGACAAAUGCCAGUCAGGCAUGAACCCAUCCCUUUUUAAUACAAACCUAGGGCUAUCUCCUGGGCUUGACAUUGAUCUCUCCUCCUGCCCAAGAGUGCCAUUUAAUGCAGGCGGACCCUGCAUGAAAGAAACUGCAGGUGAGAUGGCAAAGUUAACUGCUCUGCAAAUGAGCUGCUAUUAA